AUGCCGAUCUACAAGAAGGUGACGUUAUUGGGUUCGGGCUCAUUCGGGAAGGCGUUUCUAGUGAUAGAAAAGGGAGGAGAUGGGACCAAGCUUGUGUUGAAGUCAAUAGACAUGUCGGGUAUGGACGCAGUGGACAGAGAAGAAACCCUAAAUGAGGUUUUCGCAAGCAUUCCUCCUCACCCCUUUAUCGUGCGCUAUCGCCGGAGCUAUAUUUUAGAGGACCAACUUUGCAUAAUAAUGGAGCAUUGUGCCGACUUGAAGCCUCAGAAUUUGUUUCUGAAUGAGAGAGAUGAUUUGCUGAUCGGCGAUUUCGGUAUCGCAAAAAUGUUGGACUCGACGCACUGCUGUGCAAAGACUACCAUCGGCACUCCUUAUUACUUUAGCCCGGAGCUAUGCCAGGGCUCAAAACCUAAAGAGCCUUGUGAAGGCAAUUUCAAGCACCCCCGUGCCUGCCGUCCCGUCAGUCUAUUCGGCAGAGUUAAGGCAACUAGUAACCGAUAUGAUGCAAAAAGACCCCAGCCGGCGUCCUACAGUCCGGCAAAUGGUGACGCUGCCUUUUAUUCAGGCUGCCAUACGCGAGAUGAUAGACAGAGCCUCUUGCGAAUCGCGCACGCGCUCUCAGACCGCAUCUCUGACUGCCAAGUUGGAGACACCAGUAGGCAGGCAAAGGUGAAAGAGGCACACUCGAAGCAAAUUAGCCCAUGCGAGAUGCACAUACACCCCAACUCCUGGUAA